AUGGCACAAGACGUUCCGUGGAUUUCUAAAAGACCCGAGUUCGAAUCUACUGCUAAUUCAGAUAAACACGGCGCGUGGCCAGCAGAGCUUUUCACAUUCUCUCCGGGAAAAGGUUUACCUUUUCACAUUCAGUUGAUUCUCUCUGAGUUUGUCCCAAAUGGAAGUUUUUACGAUCAUCUACACUACCAAAGAAGUAGCCAUGGAAACACUGAGUUUAAUUGGCAAAGAAGAUUUGAAGUUGCGUUAGGAACUGCAAAGGCUCUUUCUUUCCUUGACGAGAGGUACCAGGCUAAGCUAUCAGAUUACGGUUUGGAAAAGUUUUUUAGCUUCGGUUUGACCAAGUUCCACAAUGCGGUUGGGUACAUAGCUCCAGAGCUAGCUCGUCGUCUUAGGGUGAGUGAAAAAUGUGAUGUUUAUAGCUACGGUGUGGUUCUUCUUGAGCUUGUUACAGGUAGAAAACCGGUGGAGUCUCCAUCAGAAAAGGAGGUUUUGAUCUUGAGGGAUCAUGUGAUGAAGUUAGAUUUAGUUUGCACGACGGAGAAUCCAGGGAAGAGACCGAGCAUGGGAGAGGUUGUGAAGAUUCUUGAGCUGAUCAGAAAUGGAAUGAGAUCAUGA